UUACCAUUCUAAAUUUGCAAGAAAUAAAGUAGCUAAUAAAUUCAUAAAUGGGUAAAUAAGGAAAAUAAUUUGAAGAUUCUGCUGGAGUUGACUUGUUUUAACACCUAUUCAAUUGGUCAAAUAAUUAGAGCAUGUCCAACCCACUCAUCUAAUUUUUUUUUUACCGUGUGUGUAUAUAUAGGAGUGUAUCUUUUCGUGACCUAUGUGGCAUUUUGAUGACUCAUUUUUGUAGUUUUAAAAUUGUGACUCCAACCCACUCCUCAAAUUUUAUUAAUUCAUUCCUCUUUAAAAUCUUUUUUUUUUUCAAUAUUGCUCCUUAAAAUAUAGUGUCAAUGAAUGGGUUGGAGAUGCUCGAUCUUAGUACUCCUAUACCUAAUCUUUUAUUACGGUACAAAAUUUUACUUAGAUAUGCUCUUAAGACUACCAUGGUGACUACUAAUUACUUUUCUGAAACCAAAUAACGAUCUAUUUCCUGCUUUGGCAGUGAAGAUUUAUUAAAUUUGCUCUAGGAUUUUGGAACAAAUUGCUUCCAAAAAUGUUACUCCAAUUAAAAAUGGACUCUCCUGGUAUGGUAAUCCGGAGGUUUUGUAUCAAUAAAUCGAUUUGGUUUCCAUUUUGAAACGACUGAACCCUCGAAAUCUCUAUAAGCACAGAAUUUUCCCUUUCAACGCUAAGGCUAAGGACACACAUCGAAUCGAACCAUUCCGAACACAUUUGCAACUGAAUUCGUACUCUUCGUUCUGUGCCCGUAGAAUUUUUGCAUAAAUUUGCAUCGGACCAUCACCGUAGAAAAGUUGCAGAUCUAUAAUUACUCGAUUGCGGUCAAUCGGAAGUACACCAUCUUCAAUGGCGUCCUCUGCAGACAUGGGAUGUGUUCUAAAAGUAAAUAUCCACUGUGAAUCGUGCAGGAUGCACCUCCUUCAAGUGCUGAAAUCCAUCUCCGGGGUAUACUCUGUCACCUUAGAUGCAGAAGAAGGAUUAGCAUCGAUUUCAGGGGAGGUGGAUCCCAACAUACUUCUGAAGGCAAUAACCAACACUGGGAAACACGCAGAGCUCAAGUGGGUGAACUUCAAACGUCCAGCACCAAAUCACUACGCAGGAUCAGGUUAUUACAACAACGUCGACGACGGAUAUUACGGUCCCGGUUACGGUUACGGCUCACACACUGGCGCCUAUGGGCCAACGAACCAAUCUUACUACGGAGGCAGGGAACUAAUGCCCCCAGCUGAAGGAAUGUACAGGGAAGCACCGCAAAACUACUGGCCUCAGCCUCAGGGAUGGCCCCAAGUGACUGAUCAGUACUACGAUUACCGACCCUCCUACGACUAUAGUUCAAACUACGGUUAUCUGCCCCCAAGUGGUGCUCAUUACCAUUAAUCCUGAUAUGUUAAUUUAAGUUAAUUAGGCUCUGUUCUGCUAAGAUUUUUAUUUUUUGAGUACUUAUGUUCC